GGGCGCAUAUUGGUAUGUCGUAUGUCUUCUCAGCUUGGACAUGCUAUAGUCUUUACAAGGAAUACAUGAUUAUUGCAACAAUGAGAUUGCGAUUUUUGGCAUCUGAACGUCGUCGUCCAGAUCAAUUUACUGUCUUGGUUAGGAAUGUUCCCCCAGAUAUGGAUGAAUCAGUCAGUGAACAUAUUGAGCAUUUUUUUUGCGUCAACCAUCCUGAUCACUAUCUGAUGCAUCAAGUUGUUUAUAAUGCAAACAUGCUUGCAUCAAUAGUUGCAGAGAAGAAGAGAUUGCAAAACUGGCAUGUUUACUAUCAUAACAAAUAUGAAAGAGACUCUUCAAAGAGACCAACUACUCGGACAGGUAUGAUGGGUCUCUUGGGGACUAAAGUUGAUGCCAUUGAUUACUAUACUGCAGAGAUUGAGAAGUUGAGCCAACAAGAAGCUGAAGAAAGAGAGAAUGUUAUAAACGACCCCAAUGCUAUUAUCCCUGCAGCAUUUGUUUCAUUCAAAACCCGAUGGGGGGCGGCUGUAUGCGCUCAAACUCAACAAACUAGUGAUCCUACCAUUUGGCUGACAGAAUGGGCUCCAGAGCCUAGGGAUGUCUACUGGGAAAAUCUUGCAAUUCCAUAUUUUGACCUGAAUCUUAGAAGAUUGCUCACCACUGUCUCUUUGUUUUUCCUUACUUUCUUCUUUAUGAUACCUAUAGCCUUUGUCCAAUCUCUAGCUAACAUUGAGUCAAUCAAGAAGGUCUUUCCUUUCUUGAAAUCAAUAAUUGAAAAGCCAUCUGUAAAGUCUGUUAUUCAAGGAUUUCUGCCAGGGCUAGCAUUAAAGUUAUUUCUCAUAUUGCUUCCAAGUGUCCUCAUGGCAAUGUCCAAAAUUGAAGGUUAUUCAUCGCUCUCUGUUUUGGAACGGAGAUCAGCUUCAAAAUAUUACUUGUUUGUUCUCAUUAAUGUGUUCCUUGGGAGCAUUGUAACAGGAUCGGCAUUUCAGCAACUCGAGCAUCUUAUCAAUGAGCCCUCUUCAGAGUUCACAAAAACUGUUGGCAGUACAAUCCCCAUGAAAGCCACAUUUUUCAUGACAUACAUUAUGAUAGACGGGUGGGCUGGAAUUGCUGGAGAAAUUCUCAGGUUAUCUUCGUUAAUCACGUUCCACCUUAAAAACACAUUUUUAGUGAAAACGGAGCAAGACAGACAGAAUGCUAUGGAUCCUGGUAGCUUGAAUUUUGCUACAUCUGAACCUCGAAUCCAGUUAUAUUUCAUGCUGGGGCAUGUCUAUGCUCCAGUCACACCUUUACUUCUUCCCUUCAUCGUAGUCUUCUUUGCUUUUUCCUACAUGGUCUAUCGGCACCAGAUCAUCAAUGUGUAUAACCAGCAAUACGAGAGUGGAGCAACGUUUUGGCCAGAUGUCCACCGUCGAGUAGUUAUCGGCUUGAUUAUAUCUCAAAUUCUUCUGAUGGGAUUGCUUAGUACAAGAGGUACAAGUAAGUCGACACUAUUACUUGUUGCGCAACCUGUCUUGACAAUCUGGUUCCACCUAUAUUGCAAAGGGCGCUUCGAAUCUGCAUUUGUAAAAUACCCCCUAGAGGAUGCCAUGGUGAAAGAUACACUUGAACGGGCUAUUGAACCAAACUUGAACCUGAGACAUUAUCUUCAGGAGGCAUACGUACACCCAGUUUUUAAGGGCGAUGAGUUUGAAAAACAAGUGAACGUUGAAGAUGAAGAGGAGAAUCCUCUUAUUCAGACAAAGAGAGCUUGUCGGAGUAGCAAGCCAGAAUCUGAUAAUGAAGCUGGCAGUGCAGCCAGUUCUACAACAGUAGCUAUGUGAGAUUCCAAGAAAUGGCCAUGGAGUAAAUUAUAAGAUGCAGCAAGCAGCAUGCCUACAACCAAUUGCAUCAUUCAUACUAUUGGAUAUAUUUCCAGCUCCAAGUAACAUUUUGUAGCUCUUUAAUUGCUAUUUACCAGGGAAAAAUGUUGGUUGUUGUAUAUACACGUCUG